AUGGAAAAGUAUCUCUGGCGACAUCUUGCAACCGGCUUCCUGCCACCAACGAAUCGCCUCUCCUUCCAACCUUUCAGUACGAUAGGUCAUGUUAUUCAUGAUUCUGUAGGAUACUCCCCUAUAGCACAAUCUGAUCUAGAUUACCGGUAUCGAUGCAAUACAAACUUAGUCAGGCUCCAAAUAUCGCCGCCUAUUAGAGGGUCAGGGUUUAACCACUCACCCACUCCCGUCUCGAAACAUCCCCCAAUGUCUCGACCCAGUUCUCCAGAAUCGGUUUAUCACUCGGCUGAAGAUGACAAUAGCUUCGAUAACGACGAUGAACAGACCCUACAGCCGUCUCGGCGACACAACAUUAUAGCUCCAGAGCUGCCACCGCUCCCGACUUCCAAGCGUUUAUUGAAAUCGGUUAGGACAGGUGGAUUAGAUACGGGUUCAGGCACUGUUCGAAAUAUCAUGUGCAUCAACGCCGCAAGGCUCCUACUACAAGAGCUGCGCAAUAGGAGACUGACUAACGAAAGUACAAUUCCUACCAUCGAGAACGUCGUGGGUACUUAUAGGUCGGAGAAAUUCAGAAGUCAGAAAGCUCCACAAUCAGAACCAGUGACCGCUGCGUCAUCGUGUUCGCAGGGGAAAGCGCAUAAAAGGGGCCCUCUCCCGACCCUUCUCUCUCUCGUACCACACUUACCAGAUAAACAACAACUUGAUAAACGUCAUGUCUCUCCUCAACCAGCUUGGCCUUCGUCGCUCUCCUCGCAAUCACCAUACCCGCGCCGCAAGAACACUGGUCUGACUGGGCUAUUCCGUCGUAAGAAACCAGCAAACAGAACAGCAGGCUAUAGGGCUGCCUUGACGAACCCGAAUACUACACACGCUGGGCGUGAGCACGCGAAACAUGAACUUCAUGCUCACGGCCAAUCUGCCCAUGUCCCGCUCACCAAGAAGAUCGAGCGCACCCUGGGCAUCCACCAAACCUCCCGUGCAUCUCGAAAGAGAGCUAAUGCGCGUCGCCGCAGAUAUUAG